GGCUGCCUCGUGGAGUUGAAGCACUUGAGAAGCACGUCAAGCAAGUCCAGUUGACCCAUUUAAGCAUUUAAGCAUUUAAAAAUCAUACAUACCUACAUACCUAUGUACAUCUAUGUAGUUUGAUAACCUACCAAGGUACAUAUUACUAGUACCUACCUGUACUUACUUCUUGUUUCGUGCGUCAUAGCUUUGGGCAUGUAAUCAAACGUUAUUUGUCUUCAAUCUUACCUGACCUACUUCUAACAGUACCUACCUAGGGUAGAACAUCAAUACAUAGGCACCUACCUACCUACCUGCCUAUCUAUCUAUCUAUCUAUAUUAUCUACAUCUUGUAUUUUGCAUAUACCCAACAGUCACCAUUCAUCCGACUUAUUCAUACCUACAUAUACAAGCUUGAUCAUGGUAAGGAUACGAACUUGAUCUCGUUUACACCUAACUGGAAAGCCAACAAACGCCCACGCCCACGUCCUUUAUACGCACUCUACAUGCACUUAAAACUCAUGAUCCGAUACGAUGCCUCCUAGUCUCUUUUCCAACCUCAUCCCAUCCGGCGAGAACCGACCCAUGUACGAUCGACUCGGAGAUCAUGAUGACGAUAUCGAGAGUAGAGCCGGCCUUGACGUUGACGAAGAGAACCUUGCUCAUCACUUUCGCGAUGAUGAAAUAGAUCAUACCGAUGGUCUUGGUCUCGAAGAUAGCCGCGCCUCCCCACCUCGUAGCCUUCUUGCUACUCCAGGCGAACCUCAUCAUGGCAUCACAAGAACGGGAAGACAGGAGAUGAGACCGCGAUGGCUCAUGCCUGACGACGAUGGCGAUAAUGACGUUCCUGCUUCUCUGCUAGUUGAGGGGCCCGAACCCCCUAUGAGCAGGUCCAACCCACGCAGAAGUAGCCCCAAGCAGUCACGAAAUCCUAGACAUCCCUCGAACCGAAAAAUACAAGCACAGUGGGAGACUGCGCAGGCGCAACAGAGGUUACACGAUGAUGACGACUAUGGCCCACGGCAUGGCCAGCAUCAAGCAGGGCCUUCUACGAGGAGACCAGGGUUUACUGGGAGUCCAAAAGACAAGGCUAUGUUCAGAUGGGCCAACGUCUCCAACCUCGACGUCUUCAUUAGAGAUGUCUACGACUACUAUUUGGGAGCAGGAAUGUGGUGUAUCCUGCUCGAGAGGUUUCUGCACUUAAUGAAGGUCGCCUUUGUAGCAACUUUGCUCACCCUGAUAUCGCAGUGUAUAGAUUACAGUAAACUCCGAGAUAGCAAGAGUCUGUCGCAGAUCAUGAUUCCUCAGUGUACUAAGCACAUGUGGGGUAUCUGGAACUUGACCCUCUGGGUCUGUAGCUUCUACUUUGUCUGGAAGACUAUCCAGUGGAUUCUCGACGUACCCCGCCUCAUGCACAUACGCGAUUUCUUCGUCUAUCUCUUAGAUAUCCCCGAAGAGGAUAUGCAGACCGUAUCUUGGCAAGAUGUCGUUUCCAAGAUCACUGCCCUCCGUGAUGAGAAUGUGAAGACGGCUACCAACAUCACACCAUCCCAGCGACGCUUUUUGUCCAAGCAGCUAGGACCGCAUAUGGCCAGCCAAUCAAAAGAGAGACUCGACGCUCAUGACAUUGCAAACAGGUUGAUGAGACGAGAAAAUUACAUUAUAGCUCUCUUCAAUAAAGAUAUACUAGACCUAACAGCUCCGCUUCCGUUUCUACGAAAUCGGCAACUAUUCUCCAAGUCGCUCGAGUGGACCGUUCAGUUCGGCGUUCUAGACCUCGUCUUUAACGAAGGCGGUCAGGUGCAUCAACGUGUACUGAAGUCCGAUCAUCGGGGACAUUUGAGCAGGGACAUGCAUACGAGGUUUGUUUUUGCUGCGUUCAUGAAUCUCAUCUUUGCCCCUUUUCUCGCCUCGGCGCUUGUCAUCGACUUCAUUUUCACAUACUACAACGAAUUCAAAACCAACACUUCGUCGUUGGGGGCUCGACAGUACACACCUCUUGCAAGAUGGAAAUUUCGAGAGUUUAACGAACUCCCUCACCUUUUUGAGGAGCGUCUCAAUAUGUCCUAUCCGUUCGCAAAGCACUAUAUCGAUCAGUUUCCAAAGAAAAAGACGGAGUCAGCUGCUCGGACGAUACAAUUCUUUGCUGGUGCGCUCAUAGCCGUUAUUGCCAUCGUUGGGUUUUCCGAUCCAGAGAUGUUUGUUGACUUUGAGUUGUUUCCUGGGAUGAACGCGUUUGCUUUUGUUGCGCUCAUGACAACGACGUGGGCGGUCGCUCGUGGGAUGAUAUCGGAAGAAAACGAUGUGUUUGAUCCCGAGUUUGCGAUGCAGAAUGUCAUCGAAUACACGCAUUACCAACCAGACCAAUGGAAGGGCCGACUCCACAGCUACGAGGUUAAAGCUGAUUUCUCCGAGUUCUACAAGCCAAGGAUCAUUAUCUUCCUGGAGGAGAUCUUUGGCGUUUUGAUAACGCCUCUCGUACUCUUCCUGAGCUUGCCGAAAUGCAGCGAUCAAAUCAUCGACUUCUUCCGCGAAUUCACGAUUCACGUCGAUGGAUUAGGCUAUGUUUGUUCGUUUGCAGUCUUUGAUUUCCAGAAGGACCAACGGAUCAGCAAACCCCAGCAACAGGCGAACGUAAGCGAUGCUCGCGAAGAUUAUUAUGCUACCAAACAUGGCAAGAUGCAGGCCUCGAUGCAUGGAUUCUUAGAUAAUUAUGUCUACCACCCGAGAACCGGACUCCCGGGCACUCACGGUUUAGGACCAGCCGGACGUCACCAGUUUCACCCCCCACCUAACUUUCCAGGCUUGAUGUCGCCAACUCUGGCCGCGGAUAUGCGGUCAUCACGUAUUGGAUCUGGUGAACGACCGCGAAGUCGAGCACCUACGAACCCCCAGCCCCUCGCCAAAACACCGCGCUUCGGGCCAGCCUUCGCACCCUCGCCCAUGGCCUCGAUGCUUCUUGACCCCCACCAUCAACCCUCGGCUUCCUUCACAACUAACCGCACCCCGAAGCGUGCGCGCCAGCAGCGCGGGCCAUACCCGAUUCCGGGCCCGAAUACCAUCGAAGAAGCCAUGGAAGACGCUACCGCAUCCAGGAAUGUCAUGCGCCGACGAGACACGAACUACACAGACGAAGGCGACGUCGAGGAGAGCGUUGCGCGUCUAGGUGAAUCAACAUGGGAGGGUUCGCCUGGUCAUGGGCUCAGUAGGGAGGGUAGUACUGCCACGGACGGCGACGAUGGACCGGGUGUCGUGACUAUGCUGAAGCAGUUCCAGCAAGCGCACAUGAACCAGCGAGGUGUUAUGUGAAUGCCCCUUUUUGGUAGUACUUGGCCUCAUUUUUGCGGACUAAGUUGCUUACUCGAUUGGUUGAUGGACUACGUAGAUAGUAGUCGGGGUCGACUUGAGCGAUCACAGCGGAAUACAGGUAUGGGAAAGGAGUAUAAGGGUUCCACGGUUUACUACGGUUUACCUACGACAAUGGUUACGGUCACGGUCACGGUGUUUUUUGUUUGUUUGUUUGUUUGUUUGGCAUUCGAAGCUGGACACUUCCAGGCAGAUUAGUACUAGCAUAAACAUCAUAUGCAUGAUACAUGGGGUACACAUUACAUUACACUACACUACAUAUAUUCAGUAGGUAGGUAGGUAUGUAGCAGAUACCAAUACACACACACACACACACACACACGCCCAAGUUACAGUAGGUGGGAAUAGAUGAUUACCACUUUUAUAGGUGCUAAGGCAUGUUCACAUAGGUAUAUAAUCUACCUACCUAAUC